GCCGGAAGGAUGAGAGGCGGAGGUGGACUCCCGGGAGAAGCGGCGGAGCGGGAUCGUGGGUCUGGUUCCAGGCACUCACCCUUCAGAAGCUGCAGCUCCACGGUGUCCCGCAGGUGCUUCCACUUUAGCCCCGGGGGUUUGUAGACCGCGAAGAGCCCCUGCAGCCGCGCCAGGGCGCAGGACCCCAUGCUCAAAGCCCGCGGCGCUGGCUGGCGGAACAGCUGCUCUUGAACGGAAGUGCCGUACGGUCCCACCCUAAAUGAGGUCCGGAGCAUGAGCGCCGCCAUGUUUCGCAGCCGGAAGAGGUUCACGUCUUAUUGGCCUCCGGGAAAACGCGCAGGGGAGAGAGAAUUGGGGUCCGGCGCUGAACCCCAAGCUAGCGGGGCUCACCUGGGGACCCUUGCCGGAAGUGAAGGGAAAUGGGGAGAGUUUUGCUUCGGUGGAAGCAGGUGAUAGACAGGUCGCCUGGGUUUCCCUCUCAUACCUAGCGAUUAGGCCUUCUGCCCGUGCUACGAUUUUUCUCCUUCAAAGGCCGUUCCUGGAGCUCCGCGGCCGGAGAGGUUCGCGGCGUCCGCCCUCCGCGCUCACUCUCCCGCGGCCGGCGGGGGCCUGCUGCCAAUGGCGACGCUGCUGCGCUCGGCCCUACGCCCUCUCCGCGCGCUCGGCGGCCGCCGAGGGCCAGCUGCAGAUGUGUGGCUCCGAGGCGCGCGCCAUGGCGCCGGCCUGCUCUACCCGGGCCACCUCCCCACCUCCCCGCUGCAGAAGGCGCUGCUGGCUGCCGGCUCGGCCGGAAUGGCUCUCUAUAACCCGUACCGGCACGACAUGGUCGCAGUCCUAGGGGAGACCACAGGAUACUAUGCCCUGAAGUUCCUCAGGGACCAGAUGAGGAAGGAUCCAGAGGGUGCCGAGAUCCUACAAAAGCGGCCCCGGAUCUCACUGUCCACCCUUGACCUGGACAAGCUCCGUAGUCUGCCUGAGGGCUCCCUUGGCCAAGAGUAUCUCCGUUUCCUGGAUGUGAAUAGGGUCUCCCCAGAUACCCGAGCACCCACCCGAUUCGUGGACGACGAAGAGCUAGCAUAUGUGAUUCAGCGGUACCGGGAGGUUCACGACAUACUCCACACCUUGCUGGGGAUGCCCACCAACCUCCUCGGGGAGAUCACUGUGAAGUGGUUUGAGGCUGUCCAGACCCACCUGCCCAUGUGCAUCCUGGGUGCUCUCUUUGGACCAAUCCGGCUCAGUGCCCAGAGUCUGCAAGUGCUGAUUUCAGAGCUGAUCCCGUGGGCAGUUCAGAAUGGGCACAGAGCGCCAUGUGUCCUCAACCUGUACUACGAGCGGCGCUGGGAGCAGCCCCUGAGAGCUCUCCGGGAGGAGCUGGGCAUCACAGAUGCCCCCACGUGCAUGUCAGGGGCCUGGCCUAGGCCCUGAGCCACUGCCCACCCCACCACCCCCACUUCCCCUGGGGCAAAGGAUUCUCUCACCAUUACCUUUGUUCCUUUUCUUUCAGCACUGACCCUUGGACAUCAUUUGUCAUAAUUUGUCAUAACCACUGCCAAGUGGCUUUGAGGACCCCCUGGGAGGGAGCAGACAGUGCAGUGGGGCUCCCAGGAGAGCCAGGAGCCACCCAAAGCCAACCAGAUGUGAGCGAGAAUCAGUAAUCCAGCCUGGUGUUGGGGUAUCUCAGGCCCACUACCCCUGUUCUGGACCCCUCCCUGCCAACCAGGGUUUUCUGGGUGCUAGUCCGGUGUCCUUCAGGAGUAAGGGCUAUACCAGUUCCAAAGACCUGAGAAGAGGCAAGUGAGUCUCUACUGUCUGAAUAAAGUCUGCCAUCAGCCCAA